GCGAGGAUGAGGGACGUACUAAUCCUCGGAAUCUUAUUGGCCGAUCAAUUCGCCCGCUUAUCAAUUUCAAUUUUACCCCAGGUCAUGCAAAACAGUCACGGCUUGCUUGCUAAGAUUUCAGUUACAAGUUACGGGAAGGACCAUAUAGAAAAACGACAACUUACUGCUGUUCAACUCGAACCCCCAUGUCUUUCUCUCUGUUUCGGGCUUCCGUCCGCAAGGUUGCGACCGCUGGGUCUCUCCCCAGAGCGCAGCUAAGAAAUCAACUCAGGAUUUCUAUUCGUAAAUUCUCUACACCUCCUCCGGAAGCACCAGCACCAAAGAGUAAUACCACAUUGUAUGUCGGUAUCGGUGCUGUCGUCGCCGCUGCAGGUGCUGCUUUCUACUCCUUCAGCGACUCGGGAACGAACGCGGUGAAGUCUGGGGUGCAGGUCGCAAAGGUCAAGACUAAUUUUGUGCCGACUAAGGAGGACUAUCAGAAGGUUUACAACAAGAUUGCGGGAAUAUUCGACGAUGCUGGGGACUACGAUGAUGGUUCAUAUGCUCCAAUUAUUUUACGUCUAGCGUGGCACUCGUCCGGCACUUACGAUAAGGAGAGUAAGACAGGCGGGAGCAACUACGCUACCAUGCGUUUUGCUCCAGAAUCACAACACGGUGCCAAUGCUGGCUUGGAUGUAGCUAGGGACUUGAUGGAAAACAUUAAAAAGGAAUUCCCUUGGAUCAGCUAUGGUGACUUGUGGACUCUCGGAGGCGUGGCUGCUAUACAGGAAAUGAAUGGUCCCAAGGUACCCUGGCGUCCUGGACGUGUUGACGGGGUCCAAGCCCAAGCAACUCCUGACGGACGAUUGCCCGACGCUUCACAGGGUGCCGACCAUUUGAGAAAGAUUUUCGGCCGUAUGGGAUUCAAUGACCAGGAAAUCGUUGCUCUAUCUGGUGGACAUGCUGUUGGUCGCUGCCACAGUAAUCGUUCUGGCUUCGAUGGACCAUGGACGUUCUCACCUACCACAAUGACCAAUGACUUUUUCAAGCUUCUAUUCGACGAGAAGUGGGUAUGGAAAAAAUGGAAUGGACCUAAGCAACUCGAAGACAAGGGCACCAAGUCUCUGAUGAUGCUUCCCACGGACUACGUUCUUGUUACAGACAAAAUUUACAAGAAGUACGCCAGAGCAUAUGCAGACGAUGAGGCUCUAUUUUUCAAGGACUUUUCUGCCGUCUGCGCUAAACUCUUUGAGCUCGGAGUCCCCACCGAGCAAUGGGUCACUCCAGAGCCUUGGAUCAUGAAGAACGUCGACGAGAAGUAAUAAGUGUCUUUCGGGGAGAUUCUGUGGUCAAAAUGGUUGUGCUAUGUGGUUUCCUUUCUAGAAACUCUUAGAUAUGUCUGCUCUUCUGCUCUCGUAGAGGUCCGUGUAGAGAUCUGUAGAGAUUCCUGUGGAUUUGGUUCGCCAAGUCAUGAUCUGCCAACCUGUAUCUUAUGUAUUUGCUUGCUUAUAUAUUGUUUUUGUGGAACG